GGCCGACAAGCUGAGCCAGAUGAACCUGAGCUUCGCCGGCUGCGGCUUCCUCGGCGUCUACCACAUCGGCGUGGCGGCCUGCAUGCGCCGCUACUGCCCGGAGCUGCUGAUGAACCGGAUCGCCGGGGCCUCGGCCGGCGCCAUCGCCGCCGCGGCGCUCAUCUGCCAGACGAGCCUCAGUGAGAUCAUGUCUGACCUGGUGAACGUGGCCCGGGUCAUCCAGGCGCACAUGGGCGGCCCGUUCAGUCCAUUCGUCUCCGUGCCGGCGAUGCUGCACGCUGGACUGCAGAAGAACCUGCCGGACAACGCGCACGUCCUGUGCUCAGGACGUUUGCACGUCUCGGUCACCCGCCUGGAGGACGGCCAGAACUGCAUCCUCUCCCACUUCGAGUCCAAGGAGGAGCUGAUUUCGGCGCUGAUGUGCACGGCGUUCAUCCCGGCCUUCUCCGGCUGGCGGCCGCCGCGUUUCGCUGGCAAACGCUACAUGGACGGCUGCUACAGCAACAACCUGCCGACGCUGGACGACCGCACCAUCACCGUCAGCCCGUUCUGCGGAGAGGCCGACAUCUGUCCCCGUGACCGUUCGCUCAGUCUGACUGUGAUCGACGCGGCCAACACACGGGUGGAGAUGACGCCCGAGAACCUGCUGCGCGUCUUCAUGAUCAUGUACCCGCCCUCGCCGGAGACGCUGUCCGACCUCGCCAACCAGGGGUUCAAUGACGGCAUCCGGUUCCUGAUGCGUCACGAUCUGAUGAAGUGCCAGAUGUGCGUGCUGACCACGGAGAUCGUGGGCCGCGCCUACUCCAGCUGCGGCCGGCUCAUCCAGCACGUACACUGCGACGACUGCUGCACCAAACAGCAGGAGGCCAUGGUGGCCAGGCUGCCGGACUCUGUGCACGAGCCGCUGUACCAGAACAUCCUCAGCUCGCGCCGGCUCUUCCGGAACUGGGUGCUCGACUUCCCGGGCGUGCGGCAUCUGCUGGUGCUGGCUCUGCCCUGGACGCUGCCCUGGACCAUCGUGCGCAGCAUCUACCGCAGACUGGUGGCCCGGGUGCCGCAGCUGAGCAACCUGAUGGAGUCGCUGACCAGCGAGGUGAUCCGCGCUGUCCACAACGGCUUCAGCGCCCACCUGCCCAAGUCCCAGCAGGUGCACGCGCGCUACACCUGCCGCGUCAACGUCACGGAGUACGGCGAAUCGGCUGGCGUGGAGGACGGCCAGGCGGGGCCGACGGAGCCCGAGACGGAGCCUUACAUCCCCGGCAUCGUGCGCCGCUUCGACCGCCAGUUCCAGGUCGACUUCACCAACAAGGGCUGCGGAACGACUAUGGUGCGGACCACCAGCGACGCCGAACGGCUGGAGACGGAAGUUAUGGCUGCCGGCACGUCACGAGAUGGCGGGCCCGGUGUCGAGGUGCUGGACGUCAACUUGCCAGAGGCCGCCGUCGGCCCGUUCGACCGUGAGGUGUUGCGCAUGGCGCUGGAAGCUCAGGGCGACUCCGACUGCGGUGUCAGCUGGUACUACACCGACAAGGAUGGCAAUGUGCGCGUGCGCCAUGUGUCGGCCGUGCCGACGCCGGUGGCCACGCCGUGCGCCUCGCGGCGUCCGAGC